UACUCGUGGACCAAUCAGCGCAGUCCACGAAAAAUCACGGAGAACCGCGGAGGCGGCAUGCGAUCUGCCGUUGAUACGGGUUUACGAUACUCUUUGAAAUAGACGACCUGUGAGUUCGACGGGUUCUUCUGACAGACGCAUUGUGAUUAUUUUCGAUAUCUCAUCAAAAACUCCAGCUGUUAGUGCAUUCGAAGAAAGAGACAAUGGAGGCUUUGAUAGCAGGUCUUGUUCUGCUCAUUGCCGGGGCGAAUGCUCUUUACCCGACCAGUUCGGAUGUCGUCGACCUUACACCCAGCAACUUUGACCGUCUUGUACUGCAGAGCGACAAUGUCUGGAUUGUUGAGUUUUACGCUCCCUGGUGCGGCCACUGCCAGCAAUUGGUACCCGAAUAUGGGAAGGCGGCAACAGCGCUCAAGGGUGUCGUGAAAGUUGGCGGCGUUAAUGCAGACGAGCACAAAUCCCUCGCAGGGAAGUAUGGAGUGAGAGGAUUCCCCACAAUAAAAAUUUUUGGUACGGAUAAAAACAAACCUGACGAUUAUGACGGUGCGAGAUCUGCCCAGGCACUUGUUGAUGCUGGAUUAAAUGCUGCUAAACAAAAGUCAUACGCUGCUCUUGGAGGGAAGAAGAGUAGCUCAGGUUCUAAGUCUGGAGACUCGAAAGAUGUAGUCGAGCUGACUGACUCGAACUUCGACAAGCUGGUACUCGGUUCAGAAGAUAUGUGGCUCGUUGAAUUCUAUGCUCCAUGGUGUGGUCACUGCAAGAAUCUGGCGCCACACUGGGCGUCUGCAGCGACAGAACUGAAGGGUAAAGUGAAGCUAGGGGCACUUGACGCUACCGUGCAUACACUCAAGGCAAGCGAGUACGGAGUUCAAGGUUACCCGACUAUCAAGUUCUUUGCUCCGGGUAAGAAGGAUUCGGACUCAGUCGCAGACUACGAUGGCGGACGCACUGGCAGCGACAUUGUUAACUGGGCACUCGACAAACUUGCCGAAAAUAUUCCGGCCCCCGAGGUUGUCCAGAUACUGGGUGAGAAAAGCCUGAAGGACGCUUGUGAAAGCAAACCGCUCUGCGUCGUUUCAGUGUUGCCACACAUCCUCGACUGUCAAGCAGACUGUAGAAACGGAUACUUGAAAAUUCUCAAGACGCUCGGCGAGAAGUACAAGAAAAAGAUGUGGGGAUGGGUUUGGGCCGAAGCGGGCGCUCAGCCGAACAUCGAAGAAGCCCUGGAGAUCGGAGGCUUCGGUUACCCAGCCAUGGCAGUGGUAAACGUUAAGAAGAUGAAGUAUUCUUUGCUGAGGGGUAGCUUUUCCCAGGAUGGUAUCAGCGAGUUCUUGCGGGACUUGAGCUACGGACGAGGGGGAACGGCGCCCCUGAAGGGAGCCCAGCUCCCUCCGAUCUACGAGACCGAACCCUGGGAUGGAAAAGACGGCGAGCCGCCCCAGGAAGAAGACAUUGACCUGAGCGACGUCGACCUGGACGAGAAAGACGAGCUUUAAUUCUGCCUGGUCAUGUUUUAUCUUAUUGUUAAAAUAGAAGAAAGAGACAUCGCUCGAAUUCACGGAGUUUCGCCUUGGCUGUUGUUAUGUGAGCAACAAUGAGAAUUUGACAAAUCACAUUCGCGUCGAAAGUCAAGUGGUGACGAUACUGUCGUUU